UUCAAGAUUUGAGGUUGAUCUUCGACGGUAAAGACUCAGAUUAGUGCAAAUACAGUUAUAUGGGAUAUUUCAUCGUGCAGCCAUUUCUUCAACGGAAUCUGACUGUGUACCUGGUAGAUGGCCCACGGCACUAAUCAAUUAAUAUCAUAACACCAAAAGCCUUGCUGAGUUAUUAAAAUGGCAGGGUCAGUUGAAAAUCCUGUCAUUUUAGACGUGGGAAACUUGUUCACUAAAGUUGGACUUUGCGAGUUGGAGAAAACUUCACCGGACCACAUAUUUCCAUCCCAAGAAUCUGAUAUAUUUCCUGACAAAUUGGUUGAACAUUCAUCAUUGAUAUCAGAUAGCACUGUCACCGACUGGGAUAGAUUUGAGGAUAUAAUUCAGCAUGCAAUAGGAAUUACCAGCAAGAAAAAAAGCUCUGAUCAUCCUCUAGUACUUGUCGAAAAACCAGGUCUUGACCGUCACUGUCGCCAGAAAAUGGUACAAUUAGCAUUUGAAGGGUUGGAAGUGCCUUACUUCUACCUUGGAAGUGAACCAACCAUGGCACUCUAUUCAGUUGGUCUGUCAUCAGGGAUUGUGCUGUCUUCAGGUCACGAGUUGUCACACGUUUCCACAAUACAUGAUGGGCACAGGCCUCCAUAUGGUCUUGUACCUCUAGGGUUCGGAGGUAAAGACGUGACUUUGUACACAGCAGACAUUGUAAAGGAUAUGUUAGGCAAGGCAUUGAAUACAGAUGAGGCUGAAGAUUUUAAGUGCCGCAGUGGGCACUUCUAUGCUGAAGAGAGACCAUACAAUCCAGGCUCUGAAAAACAGGAAGAGAUUGGGCAAAAGAUUGCAGAGUAUCUCUUGCACCCUAAAAGUGGCUGCUAUGGUUUUCAGGAGGCUAUUACUCGUAGUAUCCGUCUAACUGAUGAGGAAGAUGACUAUGAACCGGUUUAUUUCCGCAAUAUAAUGCUCUGCGGCGGAAACACUCUCUUCUCUGGAAUCAAGGAGAAGUUGGAACUGGAAAUAAAGACACCAGAUUAUCUCACAUGUGGGGUCCGUGUGAUUGCGCCAUCAUUCCGACAGCAUGCAGCAUGGGUAGGAGGCUCAGUUGCUGCCUCGCUUCCGACUUUCAAGACAUUCUGGAUAUCCAAAGAGGAUUAUAGUGAAUAUGGAGAAAACAUUUUAUGUAGAAAGUGCCUUCCAUAUUAAUAAAUUUUAACAUGAAGAAAGAAUGGCGCUACGUGGAUGGGCAAGCAUGGCCCCCUCAUGACUUCAAUAUCACAGCAAAGUGACAGAAAAAAGGUGCCAUUUAAGAGGACAGAUGAAUUGAAAAGAUAUGACUUGGGUGUUCAUUGUACAGUAAUCCUCUUUUGCAUCUGUUUAUAAAUUGCAGAUUGUAGGAGUCAUCUCACCGUUUUGUCUCGGGUACUUUUAUCAUCUCUUAUUGGGUAGAAUAAGAUUUCAAAUUGCAUUUCAGAGUAAUUUUUUAAACAUAAUUUGAAUAAUAGAAAGUGUCUUGAUUAUACAAAGUUGGUUUUAUUAUGUUGGGCUUAAAAUGCCUUGAUUUGGUUACUGUGCAAUACUCCAUUUAUGUAUUUGUUUGUGUACAUCUAUAUUGAAAAAGAAGAUAUGGAACUCACAUUUAUGUCAUCAUCUUGUCCAUUUUAUCUUGGGUACAGACAGUAUGUUCAUUAUCUAUUUUGAGGGUCCACCCGCCCCAAAUCAUGAUAUUUUUGUAUGAAAGUACAUGUUCUUGCCAAAUUCUGUCAAGCAUAUUCAGUUAAAUUUUCUGUUUUCUAUGUCAUGGAA